AUUACGGUUUGACAGCCGACAUCAACAAAACUGACGACUCAUUCGCAUUUCAAGCAGGGGUUCAAUCCGGGCAAUCUAGAAACGAUGGACAAGGACAUUCCGCUGUACGAUUUGGCCACCCAGGACUACCACGUCCUGGAGGAAAUGAUCUCGAAGAACCCUUCUCUCAUCACAAAGAAGGACUCGAACGACCGCUUCCUGAUCCACUGGGGCGCCCUCCGCGGCCGGGAACUCCUGGUGGAGGAACUGCUGAAGAAGGCGCCCGAACAGUUGGAAGCAACGGAUGAUACCAACGCCACUCCGCUGGUUCUGGCCACCCUGGGAGGUCACCUCGGCACGGUUCGUCUGCUGUUGGCGAAGGGGGCUUCGAUUGACCACCGGAACUGGCAGGGCCACUCGUCGCUGCAGUACGCCUGCUCCAAGGGCCAUACCGAGGUGGCCAAGUUUCUGGUGGAGCAAGGCGCCAACGUGAACGUCGUGGACGGACGGAACGAUACGCCGUUGCACCGGGUGGCGUCGCAAGGGCGGCAAGAGAUUUUGAAGUUUCUGCUGGAGCACGGAGCUCGGGCGGACGUGCAGAACGCCGAGGGGAAUACGGCGUUGCAUUUGGCCUGUGAGGACGAGCAGAACUCGUGUGCGUUGUUGCUGGUGGAGCAUGGCGCCUCGGGGACGGUUCAGAACAAGGAGGAGAAAACGCCGCUGGAUUUGGCCAAACCCGGGCUGAGGCGGAAUUUGAAGACGAAGCUGGGCAUUGGGGAUGAGUGAGGGGGAAUAAAUUUGAAAUUAGAUACAAAAAAACGCAUUUAUUUUAGUACGA